ACCUCCACGAAUCAGAUCAGAAACCUCUCUUUCCUCUCAGACUCUCCUCCUUCCCUCCCAAACCAAUCAACCAAGAAGACGAAGAAGAUUUAGGGUUUCCGAACAUGUCAGGCGCGGCAAUAGCGGUGGGUUACUCAAGCUCGUGGGCCCGCGCCCUCGUCCAGAUCUCUCCCUACACUUUCUCCGCUCUCGGUAUCGCCAUUGCUAUCGGCGUCUCUGUCCUCGGCGCCGCCUGGGGGAUUUACAUCACCGGCAGUAGUUUGAUCGGCGCGGCAAUCAAGGCUCCUCGCAUCACUUCCAAGAAUCUCAUCAGUGUGAUCUUUUGUGAAGCUGUUGCUAUAUAUGGUGUUAUUGUUGCAAUCAUUCUACAAACAAAGUUAGAGAGUGUUCCUGCUUCAAGGAUAUAUGCUCCUGAAUCUCUUAGAGCUGGAUAUGCAAUCUUUGCUUCUGGAAUCAUUGUGGGAUUUGCGAACCUUGUCUGCGGGUUGUGUGUGGGAAUCAUUGGAAGCAGCUGUGCGUUGUCCGAUGCCCAGAACUCAACACUUUUUGUGAAGAUCCUUGUGAUUGAGAUCUUUGGCAGCGCCCUUGGAUUAUUUGGAGUAAUUGUUGGAAUCAUAAUGUCAGCUCAAGCAACAUGGCCUACAAAAUGAAAUUGAUUUAUUGCUCUCUGAAACUUGGCAAGACAUUAAGCCAGCGUAAUGCGCCACAUGAGUCUGUAUUUCGCUGGUUUCUUCAAUUAGUGAUAGGAAUGUUAAAGCUGCUGUGGAAAUAUUAAUAUUUUUCCUACUGUAUCAAUCUUAGGUUGUAUGUAAUCGGAUGGUAAUGAAUUGUUGGAGAGCUGGUACGUUCUUGUAUAAGAGUGAGUAAUGAUUACCUCAUUCUUGGUCGCAGACUAUUAUUUAGUGUUUCAAUGAAUAACAUGAUUUUUUUUUGGC